AAAAGAAAACAAAGAAUCAAGAGAAUAUUAUUACCCACAACUCAGAUCAGUCCGCAAGGUUACUUUGGUAGGGUUGGGUUUGGAUAAUGGGCUGGAGAGGAAUAUUGGGUUUCGAGUAUGGGAUCGUACAGGCUCCAAUGGGACCCGACGCCUCCGGUCCGGAGCUCGUCGCCGCCGUCGCGAACGCCGGCGGUCUUGGCAUCCUCCGAGGCCCUGAUUCUGACGAUCCGGAUCGGGUCAGGGAGAUGAUAAGAGAGACGAUGAGAUUGACGGAGAAGCCAUUCGGGAUAGGAGUGGUUCUUGAAUUCCCAAACGAGGGGAACAUAAGGGCAAUUCUGGAAGAGAAAGUGGCUGUUUUGGAGCUUUUUUGGGGGGACUGCAAGGAGGAGCUUCUGCUUCAAGCUCAUCAAGCUGGCGUCCUUGUUGUGCCCCAAGUGGGGAGCUAUGAAGAAGCAAAGAGAGCAUACGAUGUGGGAGUUGAUGCAAUUAUCGUCCAAGGUCGGGAAGCUGGAGGGCACCUCAUUGGCCAGGAUUCUUUAUUUAGCCUCGUUCCUAGAGUGGUGGAUCUAGUUCGUGAUCGUGGCAUACCCGUCAUAGCCGCGGGAGGAAUAGUGGACGAGCGUGGUUACGUCGCAGCCCUUGCCCUUGGAGCCCAGGGCGUCGCCCUUGGCACCAGGUUCCUUGCAACAGAGGAAAGCAAUGCUCACCCGAUAUACAAGAGAAAGUUGGUUGAACUCGAUGACACUGAGUACACGGACGUGUUCGGUCGCGCUCGGUGGCCGUCACCGCAUCGGGUCCUAAAGACCCCAUUCUUUUUGGAAUGGAGGAGUCUCCCCAGCCAUGAGAAUGAGACCAAUCAGCCCAUUAUUGGUCAUUCAACUAUACAUGGCAAGGAAAGGGCGAUACGCCGUUUUGCGGGGACAAUCCCAAAUGCAGCUGCAAGCGGUGAAAUAGAGAACAUGGUAAUGUAUGCGGGCGAAGGCGUUGCUCUUAUCAAGGAAAUUCUUCCAGCUCGGGAAGUCAUCCGUCGUCUUGUCGACGGGGCCCAACGCUUGAUCUGCGAACAUUAUGCCAACAUGAUGUGAUUCAUGUCAACACAUGCAUGUCAUUGCUAGUGUUCAGUAUUUUUUAGAUUUAUUUAAAUAAGUGACAUUCUUGAUCAUCUUAUCUGGAUCAUAUUCAUUGUUGAUGUUUUUGGAGUGCCAUUUUGCCCUUUUGAGUGUAAUAAUGUAUGUUGUGUCCUUGCAUUGUUUAACUUUUUUUAGUUUUUUUGUUUCCACAAUGUAUUCAUACAAUUUUUAUAAGAAAAAUAUACGGAGUAUUUCUUACUUAUUCCUUCCCUCAUGGACGCUCUAGUAGUCAUGUUUGCCUAUUGCACUUUACAUGUUACUAACAAAUUGUCUUAUUUAUC